ACCGAAAGCUCUGUUUGAAAAAUCCCGUUUUUAUCACUCACAGGAGACGUUAAUGAGCUAAAAAACCUUUUAGAGGUUAUGGUCAAGCCCCAAACCCCCCUGAAAUCCGGGGCCUGUUGCAUCCCUGAUUUUGGGGGGAGGUGGGAGUUGGUUUUUGGGUUCAAUCCGAGUUUCUGGUGGUUUCCAGGCCGAGGCCAUGCUGUGCACAGCUCUGGUCAUGGCUGGGAGCCUGACCCCUGAUUCUGGAGAUGAACAGGGAUUGUUUUUGGAUUUAAAUCCCUGGUUUUCAUGGUUUCCAGGCCGAGGCCAUGCUGUGCACAGCUCUGGUCAUGGCUGGCAGCCUGGCUCUCACCACGGCCGUGGUUGCCCACGCCUAUUACCUGAAGCACCAGUUCUACCCCACCGUGGUGUACCUCACCAAAUCCAGCCCCAGCAUGGCCGUGUUGUAUAUCCAGGCCUUCGUGCUGGUGUUCCUGCUGGGCAAGUUCAUGGGCAAGGUUUUCUUCGGGCAGCUGCGAGCAGCAGAGAUGGAGCACCUCCUGGAGCGCUCGUGGUACGCGGUGACCGAGACCUGCCUGGCCUUCACCGUCUUCAGGGACGACUUCAGCCCACGCUUCGUCGCCCUCUUCACCCUCCUCCUCUUCCUCAAGUGCUUCCACUGGCUGGCUGAGGACCGUGUGGAUUUUAUGGAGAGGAGCCCCAACAUCUCGUGGCUCUUCCACUUCCGAAUAGUCUCCCUGAUGUUCCUGCUGGGAAUCCUGGACCUGUUGUUUGUCAGCCACGCCUACCACAGCAUCCUGACCCGCGGCGCCUCCGUGCAGCUCGUCUUCGGCUUCGAGUACGCCAUCCUGCUGACCAUGGUGCUCACCAUCUUCAUCAAGUACGUGCUGCACUCCAUCGACCUGCAGAACGAGAACCCCUGGGACAACAAGGCCGUGUUCAUGCUCUACACCGAGCUCCUCACCGGUCUGAUCAAGGUGCUGCUCUACAUGGCCUUCAUGACCAUCAUGAUCAAGGUUCACACCUUCCCGCUCUUCGCCAUCCGCCCCAUGUACCUGGCCAUGAGGCAGUUCAAGAAGGCCGUGACCGACGCCAUCAUGUCCCGCCGGGCCAUCCGCAACAUGAACACGCUGUAUCCCGACGCCACGGCCGAGGAGCUGCAGGCCAUGGACAACGUGUGCAUCAUCUGCCGUGAGGAGAUGGUGACAGGGGCCAAGCGUCUGCCCUGCAACCACAUCUUCCACACCAGCUGCCUGCGCUCGUGGUUCCAGCGGCAGCAGACGUGCCCCACGUGCCGCAUGGACGUGCUCCGAGCCCCGGGGCCAGCGCAGGCACCCCCGGAGCCACCGGGACCAGCGCCGGCACCGGCACCGGGAGCGGCGCCGGCAGGGCCACAGCCCCACAACUUUCCCCAGGGGCUCCUCCCUCCCUUUCCCCCGGGGAUGUUCCCGUUCUGGCCGCCCAUGGGGCCCUUCCCGCCCGUGCCCGGUGUCCAGGCCCCGGCCGGAACUGACGGCUCGGCCACGGCUGCUGGCACCGCUCCUGGUUCCCGUGCCGGUGACGCCGCAGCUGGUGCCGGUUCUGGCUCUGUGCCGGAGCCGGCCGGGGCCGGGGCCGGGGCCGUGCCGGGGCUGCCGCUGCCGCCGCCCUGGCUGGGGAUGCCAUGGCCACCCCUGUUCGGCGUGCCCCCCAUGCCGGUGCCCCCCGCCGGCUUUGCCGGGCUCACCGAGGACGAGCUGCGAGCCCUGGAGGGCCACGAGCGGCAGCACCUGGAGGCGCGGCUGCAGUGCCUGCACAACAUCCACACCCUGCUGGACGCGGCCAUGCUGCAGAUCAACCAGUACCUGAGCGUGCUGGCAACUAUCGGGACCCCCCGAGCAGCCCCCCGGCCGCCACCCCCCCACGAGGCCCCCCCGGAGGAGCCCCCAGCGCCGGGACCCUCGGGAGCCACCGGAGCUGCUGGAGCCACCGAUCCUGCCUCCCCCGAGGAUGAGGAGGACGUGGCUGAAGGCCCCGAGCCCCGCGAGGGCCCUGACACGGCUGAGCUGCGGCGGCGGCGCCUGCAGAGGCUGGGGACCCCCCCCCACUGA